GUCAGGGGCCCCGGCACGCUUCCGUGGAAGCCUGGACCCAGUCGUUUCUCCAGCCCAGCCCCUGCCCGUCUGGACAGGGUCCCCCGCUGCCUGUGGAUGAGCCAUCGGACCUCCUCCGCCUUCAGAGCGGAGAGAAGCUUCCGUUCUUCCUCUUCCUCCUCCUCCUCCUCUUCUUCUUCGGCCUCCCGUGCCCUUCCAGCCCAGGACCCCCCCAUGGAGAAGGCCUUGAGCAUGUUUUCAGACGAUUUUGGCAGUUUCAUGCUGCCCCACUCGGAGCCCCUGGCCUUCCCAGCCCGUCCUGGGGGCCAAGGAAACAUCAAGACCCUCGGGGAUGCCUACGAGUUUACAGUGGACAUGAGAGACUUCUCCCCUGAAGACAUCAUCGUCACCACCUUCAACAACCACAUCGAGGUGCGGGCUGAGAAGCUGGCAGCUGAUGGCACAGUCAUGAACACCUUUGCUCACAAGUGCCAACUACCAGAGGAUGUGGACCCGACAUCAGUGACCUCGGCCCUACGAGAGGAUGGCAGCCUCACCAUCCGGGCGCGGCGUCACCCCCACACGGAACAUGUCCAGCAGACCUUCCGGACGGAGAUAAAAAUCUGAGGGUCUCCCCACUCCUGGCCUCUCCCCCCAUCUCCUCCCCCACUGGCCUGCCGGUGAGGUCACCAUGAUCCCUGACAAUGGCUCCUCAGAACAUCUCAGCCUAGGCCCCAGUCACUCCACACACUCUCAGGCCCCAGGUGGGUCACCCCCGCCCCAAACUAGGGCCUUCCUCUCCAUCCAAGGCAGUCCAGGGACCCGCCUGCCCUCACCCAGACAGACCCUUCCUAUCUAAGUUCACAAUGGAGGGGCUGAGGUACCGACCUGGGGAGCAAGACGAGGACAGAGUCUGUAACACAGAGUGGUGGCUUCGAUGGCAUUUCUGCGGGGCAGGGGACCAGGAGCCCUUUCCUGGCAAAUGAGGUUGGCGCCACAGGUAGGGCUUCUGGCCUAGGUAGACUGCCUCAGGGAAGCCAGAGAGAUGGCCGUGACUGUCACCUCCCUUGUAACUCUGGAAGCCUCAAACCCAGGGCUACCUGUCACCCUGAGGCUCUAACAGCUACAUGUACCAGACAAGGGCACCUGUACCUAGAUGGGGUUUAUUAAAACGACACGAGGCUCCUGCUGGUGCGUGAGGCCAGAGCCCCGGGCUCCUGGGUGGCUUCCCCUGCAGAGAGGGUCCUCUGCAGAAGUGAGAGGAAGAGCCAGGACUUGUAUACACACACACACACACACACACACACACACGCAUGCACGCACACGCACACGCGCACGCGCACGCGCACA